AUGCGAAGCUCCUUUAUUAUCCUCUGCCUAGCGGCAGUGUGCCUCAUUGGCGGCUGCCAUGCUGCAUCCUACAAACGUGGUGAUAAAAUUUCCGAACAUUUUAAACAAUUAGAUUUGGCACCCGAAGAAAUUGAUCCCAAUGUAGCGCCACUAGAUAGUGAAAAUGAAAUUAUUUUCGAUAGCGAAGUUGUCGAUCAAGCUGAAGAAGAAGCUGUUGCUGCUGCAGCGGCUAUUACGGAAAGUUCAGUUGUCGAAGAGGCAGCCCAAUCGGUAGCUACUACAGUUGCUCCGGUUACUGUUGCCCAAACUGCUGCUGCCGCUGCGCCUGCCACCGAAGCACCCGUAAAGGUCGAAGAAGAAUCUACCAGCCCCUUGGCCAAAUACUGUAAAUGUAGCGGUAACCACUGCGAUUGUUGCCGUAACUUCAAUUUGCCCUUCAUUCCCGUCAAGGGACCCGGUUGUGCCCGCAUGAGCUAUUUGGGUAAUGAGAAAAUGUCUGUCAGCUUGAAAUAUGGUGAUUUGACAUUGGUCUCCAGAACUGUAUCGA